CGGCCCGGGUUCGAUUCCCGGUCAGGGAACGUGCUUUUUUCCAUUUUCCUGUCACCGUCGAUGAUUAUGUUGAGUUUCGAAAUCUCACUGGGACGUUGUAACAAUUUACAUAAAGCUCACAUCACUCAACUUGUAAUAACGGAAGUAUUAGUCUUAUCAACAGCCCACGCAUUUCAAAACUGUACACAGACACAGCACACUGAGCAUCAGCACUGUUUCACUGUGCACACGGACAAGUUUUUAUGAUUAGUGCAUUUUAUGUGAAGUCAUUCAAAUGGAGGGCAUUUAUGUGACAAUCCGAACAUCGUUAGACCCUCUCUCAGGAUCAUACAAUAUUCUGUGGGUCUCUCUGGUCGGUUCUCAAUGUGAGUGUCCCCCAGUUAGGCCUUUAACAGAUGCACAGUGUCUUCUUCCUGGUUCGAGUUGCAGUGUUCUGAUCAAGCCUGAUAAAGAAAUAGGCACUGUCGUUCUCGUGCGUUUGCGGCUUGAGGCUCGGCCUGGAUUCCCCAAUCUUGACUGGCACUGUCUGGACGUGCAAUUAAAACUGAGCACUGAAGACACAGAAGCAGAGUGCUUUCCAUGCCACAGGUGGAUCAGAACUGCAGAUGGUGAUGUGGAGCUCCGCAACAAUAGAGUGUGUCUGCUGAAUUGUGAGUCAUUGCAGAUACUUCGAGAUCAGAGGGCCAGGGAUGUCCAGAAUAAACAAAAACAUAUCAGAUGGAGGACUUUUGUUGAAGGUGGCCUCCGGUGCAUUGACAUGCCCAGUGUGCAUGCCCUGGGUCCCAACUUGGGUUUUUCCCGACAAAGCCCAGGCGUUAAUGUGCACUAUCUUAGGGGCUUUACUGAUAGAGCUGAACCAUGGAGUAGCCUGGAGGAACUGGAGAUGCUAUUCAUCCAAAAUGGAAAAGAUAACAAAGUUGCCAAGUAUGUUCAGGCUCACUGGAAAGAGGAUGCGUUUUUUGGCUAUCAGUGUCUGAAUGGAUAACCUCUAAUCAUCAAAAAGAUCCACUGCCUCCCACCUAAUUUAGCUGUCACGUCUGAGAUGCUCAAGGAUUUCCUGUCAGAGGAUUCUUCACUUGAGCAGGAGUUAGAGAAAGGAACUAUAUAUCUCCUGGACUAUGCGGUACUUGAUCAGAUACCUACCAAUGUUAUCAACGGCAAACAGUCAUACCUGGCUGCUCCACUGUGCCUCCUGCAUUACAACCAUCAUGGAGAGAUGAAGCCUAUUGCCAUUCAGCUUCAGAAAACAGCUGGGCCUAAAAACCCCGUCUUCCUGCCCUCUGAUUCUGCGCUCGACUGGCUGUUGGCAAAGAUAUGGGUCCGUAAUGCAGAUUUCCAGGUUCACCAGCUGCUUUCCCAUUUUCUUCGCUCUCACUUGAUAGGAGAAGUGUGCUGCAUCGCCACGCUUCGGAAACUGCCAGAAAUACACCCUCUGCAUCAGCUUCUAAUGCCACAUUUAAAGAAUUCACUUCAGAUCAAUAUCCAGGCACGAGGCUCUCUUCUGGCUGCUAAUGGCGUAUUUGAUAAGGCUGUAGCCUGUGGCAUUAAGGCAUUGCCUUUUCUGCUUGCUCGAGGCACUGACCAACUACACUACUCUUCACUAUGUGUCCCGGAAGACCUGAAAGAGCGCGGACUGGACAAACUGCCCAACUGUUACUAUGCACAGGAUGCUCUGAGGUUGUGGAAUGCACUUUACAGGUUUGUGUCAGGCUGGGUGGAAUUAUAUUACCAUGAUGACAAGGAAGUCCAGAGCGACUCAGAACUACAGAGCUGGAUCCAAGAAAUUUACAUGGAGGGAUUUCUUGGUUUUACACACACAGGAUUUCCACAGUCAUUUCAGACCACAGCAGAACUGAUUAAGUACAUCACCAUGGUUAUCUUCACCUGUUCAGCUCUGCAUUCAGCUGUCAACUUUUCUCAGGUGGAUUUCAACUUAUGGAUGCCGAACUGUCCAGCUGCAAUGAUACGGCCCCCUCCUCAGGUGAAAGGCUCAGUGACAGAGGAAGAUCUUUUGUCCUUUCUCCCUGAUGUUAACAGCACCUGUAGUGUGCUCAUUGUACUGUCCCUGCUGGCACAGCCUGCUCUUGAUUAUGUUCCCUUGUGUCAGUACCGUGAGUGGUACUUCAAGAGUGGAGACCUUCACAGGCUUGUCACAAUGGCACAGCAAGAUCUAAGGGCCAUCGCUGAUAACAUCAUCAAGAGAAACAGCAAACUGGAGCUAGGUUAUCCCUACCUUUGCCCAAAUAAUAUUGAAAACAGUGUGGCUAUCUAAAAAUAAUUUAAUCACCUUCAUUUAGUACCUUAACUAAAAAAAACACACAAAGCAUAUUUACAUACUAUUGUUUGAUCGGAAAAUGAAUGAAAGGAUUUUCCACAUUUGUACGUUUCUCCUUAUUUUUGUUUCGUUGCACACAGAUAUGUACCUAAAUUGUGAAAUAUUAAAAGCUAGAAUUUCACAAUGUUUAAUUGCAUAAUUUCAUUGCGUUACUUGUGUAAUUAAUAAAGACAUUUUUAUUUAA